AUGUCUGCAGCAGUCGGUCCCUUUAUUGCUCAGCUUCAGCAGCUCCCAGCUCGCUCUCGUCAGGGCCUGAACAACCUCCGACAGCGACUCUUCCAGCAAGAAGCAAAGCCUAAGAAGGAGGGCCAGCUUCUUCGCACCUCGCUGAACGUCCACCGUCCCGUCUGGGUUACUGCGGGAGGUGGUGUCUACACCAGCCUGGCAGCCGUCUACCUCACCAUGCGAUACCUCAAACGUGUGAGGUAG